UAGCUGUCAUGUCUCUGUGCUCUGUGGCAAACGGGCAUGGAGAGCACGACACUAGUGUGCGGUUCGGUACGUUGUCGCAACUUGCUGGAAGCGGGUGCGGGUGCGCGGCAGCUGGGGCGGGCGUCUUCAACCUUGUUGCUAGCGACUCUGUAUCUGACGCGCGUGCGAGAGCUUUCGUCGUCGAGGCGCGUGAAAGUGUGGGAUGUGAGAUGCGAGGUAGCUCUAGGACUUGUUUGCAUGUACCUUUGGCAGCAGAGCUGGUUGGGAACCUUGAUGGCAGUAGCCCAUUGCCCAUUCAUUGCCCAUUCCCCGCCAGCGGGCGUUGAAGAAUCAGGGGUGCCGCAACCGACCCAUUGACCAGUCGAUGCUCCUUUCUUCUACACUCUGGUUGCACCUCACUAGCGACCCGCCACACUACACCUUUACCUAGCUUGCCUCGUCGAGAAACGUGUGCAUGCUGCGAGGUAAAUCCAUCAGUCUCCGACGGAGAGCCCAUCAGCGUGCCCUUGCAUUCGGCGAGGGGUUGACGAGGUCCAGAGGAGAGCCGAGGGGGCCGGAGGGGGGCUAUUCUCCAUUCUCGUUGCUGAACUAUAUCGUCCGGAGUAUCUCCGACCAUCUGCCCACUUUGCUCCCCUCUCCCGUGAUGCGUCGUGCAGCCGAAUCGUCCCAGCAGCAGUCAGCGUGCGCAAGACGGAGAGGGGAGGGGGGCAUGUGCGCCGGCAGCCCAAGAGAGGAAAAGGUAAAAGCCAGAGAUCUGAAAGGGACGUGCGCACACAACCACUGCAGUCUAUCCGUCCGCAGCGCAGCAAUAGCAAGGGACUGGAGUCUGUCUAGUGGUGGUGGAGGUGGUGGUGGCCAGGGAGAAAAACCAUAUCGACGCACUGACUUGAGAGGAUUUGGAAACGUCGACGGGCGGCGGGUAUUCCCAAGAGCUCAGGCCCGCUUUGCGCCGCCAAAAGUGACGAUCCGGUACUUGGCUGCGUUUGCCCGUGUCGGGGCGGCACUCGAUUGGUCUCAUCCUGUGCUGUUUUCUCGGUUCGCGGCGCAAACUUGGCCAAGCUCUUUGGUUGAUAUAAUAGCUCUCGCCCAUUAUAGCAGCAGGGCUUCAAUUUGCGCCAUGUGCAAGAGGGCAGAUGACAGCUGCGCUGUGGGGUCAGCAAUCUCAAAGCGAAGGAAUUAUUGCGAAGGCUAUAUCAGAGCCAGUUUGUUUUGUGCUGCUCGUGAGGCGCAGUUUUUAUUUCUCUGGCCCUGGAUGCUCUGUAGGUAGGGUACGGAUAGUAGUCCUGCAAGAAUGGCCCGGAGGCCGGAGGGUAAAUCGCGCGCGAGGUUCUUUUUCUUUCCUUUCUUUCUCUCCUGCCCUGAGAGAUUUAUUUUGUCUCCGCGGUCCUUUUUCCCGGGGACCGAGCUCUGAAGUCUGGCCUGAGCACUGCGCUAUUGUGGAGUCUCGGCCGAGCAAAGUUGCGCGGCAAAGACCCCCAGGUGCCAUGGACGGGAGAGUAUACCAUAGUAAGCCUGGGAGAGCCACAUUCAAAAUCCUGAACCCAGCAGAGUAGGCUGCAAUGGUGUAGCACACACGAGA